AUGAGGCAAGGUUUGCCUCAUACCCUUGGGAGUUUACUCCCCCCUUUUAACCCAGCACCUCAGCAGCAACAGGAUCCCUCCGAGGAUUCACGCUUCCAGGCGGUUACGCCACUGCCACCGCCGCCGCCAGUCGCACCACCACCAUCACACAUGGGUUAUAAUAACCCGAUUCCUACACACGCCGGUGCAGCGGCGUAUAACCCUUUUGAGCAGCCAGCCCAUACCGGCUACAAUUACUACAACGCCCCCGAUGUUGACCCAUAUCUUGUAGCGGCAAACUACAAUGCUCUUCAUCCUGAGGGACCCUAUGGAGUCCCUUAUCAGACUGGGUACCCGGCCUAUGGGUACCAAUACCCGCCACCUCCUCAACCUCCGCAGCAGCAGCAGCCGCAGCCACCGCAGAUCCAGCCUCCGCAGCAGCAGGAGAUUCUUCAAAGGGUGAGCCAGGUGGAGCAUGAGGUUCAAGAGGAGCGUAGAAGCCACCUGCGAUUUCUUAAGGGUUUGGCAAGUUUAAUCAAGGGGAAGAACAGAAGGGAUCCUUGA